GCCCAUCUGUCCUAAACAAGUUGCACGUUUUCUUCUUGGAUUGUGUUUAAAUCCAUUGAGUGUUGGUGCCGUUUUUAAUGUUCAUCUCUCAGCAGUCACCCAAUAAGAUUUUUCAAAGUGAUGCAUAAAGCAUAAUAAUUUACCUCGCAGAGAAAACCGAAAUAUUCAGCCACACGGCGACUGCACUUGAAGUCCAUCUUGCUGAGGAGGGCCGCCUCGAUGCUCUUGGCUGAGAGUGAAGAGAAAAGAGUGGAGAGGGAAGGAUUCAUCAGUGAAUGUUUCCCUCAGCCGAAGACCUCAAACCUGUCAGUCCAAGACCUCCAGGAACUGUGCAAACAACUCCACAAAAAGAUUGAUGUCACCGAUGAAGCUCGUUAUGAUAUAGCGGUGAAGGUGGGCAAAAAUGAAAAAGAGAUAGCAUCACUGAGACAGAAGAUUGUCGAGCUGAAGGGCAUCAAGCGGCCCAGCUUAAAGAGGGUGAAGAAAAGUACAGAUGACGUGCUGGGCGCCUACACGGACCCCUCCAAACUCAUGAAGCCAGAUUUCAAGGUCAACCUUAAGACAGUGAAGAAAGAGGAUGAAAAACGGGAAGAAGUGACUGACUGGCGUAAGAAUGUGGAGGCCAUGUCUGGCAUGGAGGGCAGGAAGAAGCUCUUCGACGCCGGGCAAUAACCAAACUCGUCAUCAUAGCUUGUUUGGGGCAUUAUUUUUAUCGGACAAGUGGCUGUGCUUCUUACCAGUUUGGACAACACUGAUUAAACAUAUUACAGCCACUUUUGUGCUUAGUUUCUUUUGUCUGUAUUGCCUGGUACAGUUUUUAAUGUCCUAACUUCGAAAUCACCAAACGACUAGAUCUUUAUAAUAUGAACAGUGGAAGAGGCAUGAAUAAUGGGUGACCUAGCAUCCUGAUUUGCUUGCUGUCCUGGCACAAGAGUUCUAUUUUAGUUGACCACUCACAGACCAGACAAGAGGUUCUUGAAUGUGACCUGAGGCUCCUCCUGUCACUUCGAGACGGACGCUGCACAGCUUCAUUUGUACACACAAGAAAGAAAAAAAGGCUUCCAACAUGUCAGAGGCGUGAGUUAUGACUCUUUUUUGCUACAUUAACAUUUGUGUUUUUAAUUACUGUUCAAAUUCUAACUUGGUUUUCAUUCGCUCCUAAAUGUCCACCAAAGACUGGUAAGAUAUUCUUUUUG